AAGCAAUUUCACACCUCCCUUCUGCCCUCUGCACUCCUCGUAUGCCCUCUCAAAGUCUCUGUGUGCUCCCUGCCUUCUUCAGACCACAAGGAAAGAAACUCUAACACACAGCUACCGAUUGCUCAUGGAGGGACCACUGGUACCCGGACAAUGUCUGUGAAGCAUCACUUCAGGGCCCGGUGUCAAUAAACUCAGCUCUCUCAUCGCAAUUCUUUUCUCAAGAGUUUGGAUUUCACUUCUAAAUUUCCUAUCUCCUGGUUAUUCACAGCAGCAUUUACAUGAGGGCAUGCAAAUCAGAAUGUUCUCUAUAUAGACAUACAGGUAUCUAAAAGCGUGCAGACACCUGCACACUUCAGUGUUCUUAAUUUAACCAGCCUUGAAAAGCCUUUUCAGUUGCAGAAAUGCAAUAUCAAGCUACACUUGCCGUGUGCAAACACAUGGGCCCCUCCAACCCCAGGAGAAACAUGGCUCAUGGGCUUCUUUUACAUCAUUUUCUUUGUCAGACCACAGCAUUCUGUGACAGCUUGGCACUCAUUUCCUCCACAGCUUAUCUCUUUGUAUUGUGCUGGUUUCCUUUGCAUUUCAAUUGCUCUGUCUCCUGUAGCUCAUCAAAUCAUAGAGCUGAAUUUUACCUCUUUGGUUUUUAGCUUGCGAGCCUCUCGCAUGCACACAAGGCACGGAGCAGCCUGACAUCACUUGACAUCUCCCUGCUUCCUCAUUUCAAUAUGAACUGUUUACCAGCAGAGAAACAGGUUUGGGGUUAGGGUGCUGAGCGCGUGCAUGACUCUCUGUGUGAGCCACGGCUUUUAUCCCCUCUGUCCCAUCCCAGCCAUAGGUCAUCACGUGGAGCUGCCUGAAACUGCCCAAUGCUGUUUUCACCAGCCUGAUUUCAGAAGAGCCAGGUCUGUGGAUGUGGAUGUGCUUCACUCUCUGCUUUGGCUGGGGGAAAGCAACAGGGCUCGGAGCUGUGGCUGCUGUGGCUCUCACCCACGAGAGAACUCCCUGAAGGAUUCCUCGCCCUCCACAGAGCGGUAAUAAUGACACAGCUGCAGUUUAAAGAUGCAUUUUGGUGCAGGGAGUUCACCCUCCACACUGGCUACGAGGUGCUUGUACAGCGGCUGUUGGAUGGGAGGAAGAUGUGCAAAGAUGUGGAGGAUUUGCUCAAGCAGAGAGCACAAGCAGAAGAGAGAUACGGGAAAGAGCUGAUUCAAAUUGCCCGAAAAGCAGGAGGACAAACGGAAAUCAACACACUGAAGGCAGCAUUUGAGAGGCUCAAGCAACAAAUUGAAAGUGUUGGAAACUCUCAUCUCCAGCUAGCAGUAAUGCUGAAGGAUGAACUGAAAGGAAUAGAGGAGUUCCGAGAAAGACAGAAGGAACAAAGGAAAAAGUACGAGUCUGCCAUGGAGCGCAUGCAAAAGAGCAAAUUGUCCCAUUAUAAGAAAACAAUGGAGUCAAAGAAGACCUAUGAACAGAAGUGCAAGGAGGCGGACGAGGCCGAGCAGUCCUUUGAACGGACAAGUGCUUCAGGCAACCAGAAGCAAACAGAAAAGAGUCAGAACAAAGCCAAGCAAUGCAGAGAUGCAGCAAAUGAAGCAGAGAAUGUGUACAAACAGAACAUUGAGCAGCUGGAUAAGGUCAGGACAGAGUGGGAACAGGAACAUAUCAAAACCUGCCAGGUCUUUCAGCUCCAGGAGUGUGACCGCAUCACCAUCCUCCGCAACUCACUGUGGGUUCACUGCAACCAGCUCUCCAUGCAGUGUGUGAAGGAUGAUGAGCUGUAUGAAGAGGUUCGGUUAAGCUUGGAGAACUGCGUUGUAGAGUCAGACAUAGACUACUUCAUUAAGACUAAAAUGACAGGAACACAGCCUCCAGAUGCAAUAGGAUAUGAGAACUACUACAGCAAAGAAACAAACAGAAACAACAGCAGUCCAACCCAGUCUUGUGGGAUGAUGAAGAGAUUCUCUGGACUACUGCACGGAAGCAGCAAACACAACACGGAAAGUGCCACUCCUUCAGCCCCUCCUCUUGCAGAGAAACCAGAUGGGGUCUAUGCAUCCAUUUUUGAAAAUCAACAAGCUAGAAUCACAGCAUCACAGGACUACAGAGUACUUUAUGACUACACAGCCCAGAACAUGGAUGAGCUGGACAUCAGUGAAGGAGACAUCGUAGUUGUCAUUGAAGAAAAUGAGGAUGGCUGGUGGACAGCAGAACGGAAUGGGCAGCGAGGCUUUGUGCCAGGCUCUUAUCUGGAAAAGCUUUGAUGAAAAGAAGCCCCAGUCCUCAGACUUCAAAAACACUCUAUUACUGAAAACAAACAGCACACAAGGUCACUCCAGCUGACCAAGGGCAACCCAUAAUACUGUCUUCUACAAUUACCAUUCAGGAAAUAAUAACCAACUGACCAUGCUUUCCUCUUCCUUCCUCCUGCCCCAUGCCAGCACCUCUUGACCUACACUGUCUGCAAAACCCAAUUAGGAGUUCUGGUCCUUACCACAGCUCUUCCUCCCAUCAGCACGCUGUGCUGCCAUCAGUGUUGCAAAGCUUCAUGAAUCCGGGAGGAAAAUCCUGCCCAGAACUGAACUGCACUAAAGGAAAAAGACCCAGGAAGCAACUGCUACGUCUCCCGGAUGGAGGACCACCUCCAGCCAGCCUGUGAGCCACCCUCAUGGUCACAGCAGCCACGUUCUCUGCCAUGGAUCCCUUCCUCUCACUGCACAGCCUAUACACAUCAGUACCAGUACUACACAAGGCACUCCUGAUCACGACCAUCUCCUAACACAAUGAAAUCCAUGCUACCCAUGCCUCUAAUUUGCACUGGAUUCUGGGGCAGCAAAAUGAGGGCAGAUUAUGAGUCCAAGGCCUGCUUUUGCCUUGGUUGGAUGGUUUCCCUGACACUUCCCUGGGAUUUCUCAUGUUUAAAGAGCAAG